CCAGGAUAUCAUUUGGACCUGUUCGUGCGCGGAGCACUGACUCUCCCCGUCUGCGCUGUUCUGGGCUUGCCACUGUCCGUGGCUUCCACCGUGCCCAGCAUCGCGCACGUGAUCUCCCUGACCACGUACGAGGUGAAGCAGCUGCCUGAGGGGGAGCGUAAGGUCCCGACCAAGGUGGUGGAACAACGCGCGACCAACUUCUUGAUCCAUGUGCUCAUCGGAUGUGCGCUGUUCCUGGCCCCAGUGCUGAAGUUCCUGCCGCAGGCCGUGCUGCAGGGCGUCUUCUUCUACAUGGGCAUCGCCUCCCUGACUGGCAACAACCUCUUUGACCGCCUCUUCCUGUGGCUCAUCUGGGACUCGGCCAAGUACCCGCAGUACCACUACAUCCGGAAGCUGCCCAUCAGCCGUGUCCAUCUCUACACCUUUGUGCAGCUGAUCUGCUUGGCGAUUCUCUAUGGGCUCAAAGCAAUCAAGGAAACUUCCGUUGUCUUCCCUUUCUUCAUGGCCUCCCUGGCCAUCAUCCGCAAGGGCCUUCGCUGGAUGUUCACCGAGGAGGAGCUGCGGCUGCUUGACAGCCUGCCGGACGAGGACGACGACGGCGAGGUGCUGAGCUCGGAGAAGCCGGACUUGAUGAACCUCGAGAAGCAGAAGGAGGGCGACAAGUCCGAGGUGGAGAUUUGA